UUUAUGAUGUUUUAAUAUAUUAUUAUGAUUUUUACUGUUUUUUGAGUCAGCGGCAAAUUAUUAUAAUGGAGGAAGAAGCUGCGCCGGUCAGGCGAAACGUUUGCAGAUGCAAGCUGAUCGGUGCUCACGACGAGACGUGCAAAUGCUACGAGACCGACGAAAUAGUCCGGAUGAGGAAGAAGAUUAAAGAGCUGAACGAUCACACGCAUGACGGGUUGGAGGUUUUCUCGAAGGUUACGACCAAAGUGUAUUCCAUGACCAAAUGCGUGAAGCUUCUUCUAAACUUUGCCGAUAAAAUUAUUGCAGACUACGAUAAAGGGGUUAACGAAAUAACGAGGAAACUGAAAGACUCCAUCAACACGAUGAAAUCCUACUCGUACAAGCAAAUGCACGACCUGGAGCAGAAGCCUAAGAUCCCGAACAACAGUCUGGAUUAUUGGAAGGUUCUGGUGUACGAGGUGGACGUCUUGAAACAAGGCUUGUCGGUGCGGGACGAGCAGUUAUGGCUGUUGAUGGACAUCAUUAAAAAAAUGUUGGGGGAAAUGGGCGACAUGAGAGUCAAAAUGAAAUAUUUGAAGGAGAGCAUGGACACUAUUGUGACUCACAAUUAAUACGAUGUAACUAUUAAAAUUUGCGUACGUGGUUAUAAAAUAAAUCGAUUGUGAGCGUA